AUGAGGUACGACGUUUUCCUAAGUUUCAGAGGGGAGAAAAUCCGCAGAACAUUUCUUAGCCACCUUGUGCAUUCUUUGGAUAGAAAAGGGAUAAGGUCAGUUACAUCUACAGCGAGCAAUCCCUCCGAGAACCAGGCAGUCAGGGAGUCCCUAGUAGCCGUAUCUAUCAUAUCGAAUACUUUCACCUCUCUGGACUUGUGGGCGGAAGAACUUGCCAGGAUCAUUGCUUGCAAGAAGAAAGCAGUUCCUGUUUUCCUCGGAGUUGAUCCUAUCGAUAUUUUAAGAGUCUUGACUCUUGCUGAGGAUUCAGCGGGCGUAAAUGAACCCUGGAGGAAUACCCUGGAGACGGUGAAGGACUGGCUUGAUGGUCAUGUGACCAGUAACUCUGGUUUCAACUCCAACGAUUGGGAGGACGACUCACAGCUGGUCGAUCAAAUUACUCGUUUCAUUUCCGAUACCGUGACGCAAGAUUCCGUAUCACACCGUUGGUUUCCUGGAAUAGAUUUUCUCACGAGUCCCUGGCGUGACCCGCGUAGGAAUCCUUCUACGGCUAAGCAAAAGUUGAUCAAGUUUUCGUCAGAUGGAUCCUCCUCUAUAGGUCCACUUUUGCCUACCAACCCUUCUGAUGAGGCGUUGAUCAAUUUGUCGCCAGAUGAUUCCCCUACGCUUCCACGUUUACGUAGAAAUCCUCGUCAGACUACGAUCAAAUACUCGCCGUCAUAUGUAUCUCCCCCUAGGAGUCCAGAUUUUCAUAGAAGCAGCUCUAAUGAGACUAUGAUAGACUUCUCGUCAAAUGAAUCCCCCCCUACGAGUUCGAUGUUGCAUAGAAGCGACCCUUCUGAGACUAUCAUUGAGCAUAGCGACCCACGAGACAUGAAGCAUCGCAUAGAAGAGAUGCUUUCAAUGUUGCAGCUGGGAGAUUCUGCAACAGAAGUUCGUACAAUUGGCAUUUACGGAACGGAAGGAGUUGGGAAAACAACUCUUGCCAAGCACGUUUACGAGGAGAUCUCAUCACAGUUUCAGCACCAUUUUUUCAUUACUAAUCUCAGCGAUCAAGGGAGCAGUUUACUAGAGAUUCUUGCCAGCGAGACUCUUGACACAACCACUAGCUUCAAUGGGAGCUCUGAUGUUAUCGAAGAAAUUGUUGGUCGAAAAGUUCUGCUUAUCGCUGAUAGCGUAGAUGACAUUACACAGCUAAAAAGUUUUGCAAAACAAGCCAGUUUGUUUGGUCCAGGAAGUCGAGUUAUGUUUAUCACUCAAGACAGGUCUUUGCUAUUUCAAUGUGGAGUGAAACACAUCUAUCAAGUUGGGUGUCCGGGAUAUGAUGAAGCUGUUCAGUUAUUCUCGCAGUUUGCUUUCAGGCAAACGAAGCCUGUUUCUGGUUACGAAAGCCUCUCGGGUCGUACUGUGGAGGUUGCGGGUCGCAUUCCUCUGGCCCUCAAAGUGUUGGGAUCUUAUCUGUAUGGUAAGGAUGAAGAUGAAUGGGAAAGUACACUGCGUACGCUUGAAGAAUCACAUAAUAACUACACUAGAGAAGAGGUUCUCAAGUACAUCGGAGCAGAUGAUUUCGCACCUAGAACUCCCACUAUACUGGAGCUCGGGGAAAAUGAAAAGAAUCCUUUCCCCUUGUACUCUUUCACUCUUCAAUGA